CUUUUGUAUGAUUUAAUUCAGUAGUGUAUCCCAAAUGUAAUCAGAGUAAAUAAUAUAUGAAAAUAUGGGCGAUAGUGAUAAAGAAGAACCUAAAGUGGAAUUUAAGAAGAAAAAGAUAAAACCAUUAAGAAAACGUGAAGUUUUCUCAGAUGACACUGAUAGCGAAGAUGAAAAAAUAUCUGUCAGAGAAAAAGUUGAAGAGAUGAAAAUUAUUCAAAAGCUUCGCAAAAGACCAGUUGGUGUCGAUGUUGUUGGUUUAGCUCUUGGAGAAAAUGUCACAUCUGAUGCGAUAACGACUGAUCCCUUUAAUAUGAAAACUGGAGGAAUGAUAAAUAUGGCUGCACUAAAAAAUACAAAACUUAGACACAAUGAUGCAUAUGAAACUGGCAUUGGGACACAAUUUAAUGCAGAAACUAAUAAACGCGAUGAAGAUGAAGAAAUGGUCAAGUAUAUAGAAGAAGAAUUGUCAAAACGUAAAAGUAAAAAUAGUAAUGAAAUGACAAAUAGUAUGAGCAAUGAAAAAGGGUCAUAUUGCUCGCCAGAAGAAGCUGCAUUAAGAGCAGUACCAGAACAUUUAAGACAGAGUUCAGCCAAUCGUAGCGAGGAAAUGCUUUCAAAUCAAAUGCUAUCUGGUAUUCCAGAAGUUGAUCUUGGCAUAGAAGCUAAAAUUCGCAAUAUUGAAGCUACCGAAGAGGCAAAGUUGAAAUUGCUUUGGGAUAGACAUAUAAAGAAAGAAGGACCUUCACAGUUUGUUCCUACUAAUAUGGCUGUAAAUUUUGUACAACAUAACAGAUUUAAUAUCGAAGACUCAGAUUUCCAGAAAUCACAGCAAGAAUCUGAUAAGAAAAAAUUCACGAUUAAGGGAGAUGUUCGAGGAAAGCGAAAAGAUGGAAAUGGAGAAAAAGCAACAGAUGAUUAUCAUUAUGAAAGAUUUAAAAAGCAAUUUAGACGUUUUUAAAUUUAAUUGUUGUAUUAUUAUAUAUUGCUUUUUAAAUGUGUUUAUAAUACACAUUAUAUGAUACAUAACUAUCUUAAAUUAUGAUUAAGGAAGAAAUAAAUGUAAAAGUAUAAGAAACAAUA